UCAAACACUCUCAGCCACCAGCAACCACCAGCCAAACACCUUCACCCACCACACAUAGAUAGCACUUUCUCUAAUCUUUAUCCUUCCGAAGCCCACGCUUACUCUCACGCCGGAGGCGCUUUGGGGCAAAACCCCCCCGCCGGCGUUGUUUUGUAGGCUCCCAUCCAGCAGCUACACCACGGAACCACCAGUCACGGCGGAGGAAGGACCGGGAUCGGAGAUUGGCGUUAUCACUACUCUUGCUUUUAUCUUUAAGGAAGGUGUUAUUGUGGCUGCUGAUUCUCGUGCUAGCAUGGGAGGCUAUAUCUCAUCACAAUCAGUGAAGAAAAUCAUUGAAAUUAAUCCCCACAUGCUUGGUACUAUGGCUGGAGGUGCUGCUGAUUGCCAAUUUUGGCACAGAAAUUUGGGUAUUAAGGGCCCUGGUCUUUAUUACGUGGACAGUGAAGGAGGACGGCUAAAGGGAAACAGAUUUUCUGUUGGAUCUGGAUCACCAUAUGCUUAUGGUGUACUGGACAGCGGGUACCGCUAUGAUAUGUCAAUAGAAGAGGCUGCAGAAUUGGCUCGGCGAUCCAUUUAUCAUGCAACAUUUCGUGAUGGAGCCAGUGGUGGUACUGCUAGCGUUUAUUAUGUUGGUCCUGAUGGAUGGAAGAAAUUGUCUGGUGAUGAUGUUGGAGAAUUGCACUACAAGUACUAUCCUGUCGGACCAGCUGUUGUAGAACAGGAAAUGGCUGAAAUUUCCAUUGCUUAAGAGAUUGCAUGCAUGUAACUUUUUGCUUCCAUGUUGAAUGAUUAUUAGAUCUUUUGAUGUAACUGAGUUGCUAUGCACUAGUUCUAAACAAUGUAAAAUUGAAUCUUUAUGUGCCCCUGCUGUCGUGCAACUUGAAUUAGUAUCUAUCUUAUUUGACACGGCUUUGCAAUUGUCGUGGAUCUUAUUUGAUAUGUCUUUGCGAUUUCAAUGGCAGAAAUUAAUGUUUCAAGCUUA